UAUACGAGACAGCGCAUUUAGUAGUAGCUAACGAACUUCAAAAUACACAUGCACUGCACUUAUUCUCUCUUCACUCUCAAAAAACCGCGUUGUUCUCUUUCAUUCACGUCACAAGAACAAAAACUUGUGCUCUCUGUUUCUGCUCUGCGUGAAAAACAGAGUCCCCUGUUUGGUGACUAUUGCAAUGAAGUAUAUUCGGGGGAACAGCUUCAAGAGGCUUUUCUCGUUUGGAAAACGUGGGUUUGGGGAAGAAAACGAUGCUGGGUUGGUGGCUCCUUCAUGUGAAGAGCACCCUCCAAGACCCUCUUGGAAAUGCUUCUCCUUUAAAGAGUUGUUUGAUGCCACCAAUGCUUUCUGCUCAGAGAAUUUGGUUGGGAGAGGAGGGUAUGCAGAGGUUUAUAAGGGAACGUUGCGUGGUGGUGAGGAAGUUGCUGUGAAGAGGCUCACCAGAACUUCAACUGAUGAGAGAAAGGAGAAGGAGUUUCUGAUAGAGAUCGGCACAAUAGGUCACGUGCGCCAUGCCAACGUGUUGCCUCUUCUCGGGUGUUGCAUUGACAAUGGACUUUACCUCGUUUUUGAGCUAUCCACCGUUGGUUCCGUUGCUUCUGUUAUUCACGAUGAGAACUUGCCUCCUUUAGAAUGGAAAACAAGGUAUAAGAUAGCUCUUGGGACAGCACGUGGUCUUCACUACUUGCACAAAGGUUGCAAGAGGAGGAUAAUUCAUAGGGACAUCAAGGCCUCAAACGUUUUGUUAACAGCAGAUUUUGAACCAAAGAUAUCUGAUUUUGGACUAGCAAGGUGGCUUCCAUCUCAGUGGACUCACCAUUCAAUAGCCCCAAUAGAAGGCACAUUUGGGCAUUUGGCACCAGAGUACUACAUGCAUGGAGUUGUGGAUGAGAAGACAGAUGUAUUUGCCUUUGGUGUGUUCUUGCUUGAAAUCCUCUCUGGAAGGAAACCAGUGGAUGGGUCUCACCAAAGCGUGCACAGCUGGGCUAAACCAAUACUAAACAAAGGGGAGAUAGAAAAAGUGGUAGAUCCAAGGCUUGGAGGGGCUUAUGAUGUGACACAGUUUAAUAGAGUAGCCUUUGCUGCAUCCCUGUGCAUUCGGGCAUCUGCAACUUGCAGACCUACCAUGAGUGAGGUGGUGGAGGUAAUGGAGAAGUGGGAAAUAGAUAAAGAGAAGUGGGAAAUGGCAGAAGAGAAGGAAGAAGAAGUGGAGUUAUGGGGUUUUGAGGAUCUGGAAUAUGCACAUGACACUUCUUUUUCAAUGUCUCUACCUGACUCAGUUGGAAGUACUUAGGGUAAAACAGUUUGCUCCAACUUUCAUCAACUUGUAGAUAUAUGCAUAUUGUUACAUAAAUAUGAAGGGGCGGAAAAAGCCUCUUCUGCAUUUUCUGUUCCCUUUUAUUCAAUCCAUAUAACGUAGUGUUUCUUUCUUUUCUUUUCUGUAUUUAUGAGGAUGUCAAAUGUUCAUCAUAAUCCAACUCAUAACUUCCCUCCAUCUCGACCCUACCCUUUUUUCCUUGUAAAUAUGAUAAUAAAUACAAUAU